AUGUCAUCUCAGUCCAUUUUCCAGACCGUCAACGCCUAUAUCGGGUUUGUGGCCUCUGCUAUUACUAUCGGUGCUUGUGCGUAUACUGUCUUCAAACUCAAGGACAACGAGGAGUUCCGAAAUUACUUCUCACGAACUUUACCCAUUCGUUGGACCAAUGUCACCACAGUCGCCUCAGACCGCUUCGUCGUUCUGUCAUCCCCAUUUACUCGCAACGGCACUAUCCAUCGCGAGAUGCAGAGCGCAUUUUCCGCUAUUCGUGGUGUCGUCGCAGGUGCUUAUCCCAAUGUCGCUGAUGUUGUGAAGCACAUAGGUCGCAAUAUCAGGGGCCUCUUUGCUAACUUCUCAGAGGUAAUGAUUACAACGUCUGUAGUCAAUUGCAAGAUUCUUACCCCAGUCCUCCAUAGUCUGUGCUUCCAAUGCAUCGCACCGGCUACUGUCAUAUCCCUGAGCCAUCCUAUCAUCUCAGCCGGCGAAGACAAUCAUGCCCUCGAGGAACUCCAGCAUGAUGCCGCUCAGCUCGACCCCACAACCAUCGAGCCCGAUGGUGUGCAUGUUAUUGCACCUGCGGACAAAGACAUGCAAACUGGGAUUGAAGGAACUGUAUCUUCUUCGGGCUCUACUAGCCCGACCGCUGAACCGCAGCGCAUUGUCGAUCAGCCUCCUCCUCCCACCGUUGAAUCUGAUGACGCACAUAUCCCCAUGCCCGCUGGUGCAGCCGUUCACGCUGGCAUCGGAGGCGCAAUGCCAUCCUCGGACGGGUCCUGA